AUGAGCCUUGGCUUAGACAUUGAAGUAGUAACUCGGUACAUAGUUACAGUUGAAAUGAGCCUUGGCUUAGACAUUGAAGUAGUAACUCGGUACAUAGUUACAGUUGAAAUGAGCCUUGGCUUAGACAUUAAAGUAGUAACUCGGUACAUAGUUACAGUUGAAAUGAGCCUUGGCUUAGACAUUAAAGUAGUAACUCGGUACAUAGUUACAGUUGAAAUGAGCCUUGGCUUAGACAUUGAAGUA